UGACUUUGGGACGGGAGGGCAGAGCUGAUGAGGGGGAUCGCUCUAAACAGGUUCCCUUUGACUCUCAGUUUGUAGCAAGCACUUUGAAGAGCUAAAUGUGGCGUUGCACUCUCUGCUGAGCGCGUCGGUUGAAUCUGCCCUGCUCGUUCACCACCCCCCCUCCCCUCUCCACCUCGACAACCUGCCGGUCUGAGCGGAGGGCAGUGCCCGCGGUGCAAGAUGCUCAACAGGAACCAGCGGGCCGUGCCUGCACCCUGGGCCGCCCUGGAGCGCCGCAGAGCCGGGGAGAGGCUGCGGGCAGCGCUGGCGGGGCUGCAGGAACUGGAGCAUCUGCGGGAGCGGCAGAGGGAGCUGGUCAAGAGGGCGCUCGGCACCGACCCUGCCCCGGACCAGUCCGGCGCCGAGGAACAGCGGCUCGAAGCCACUCUGAGCGCCCUGAAGGAACAACUGUCACAUUUAAGAAGACAGGAUGUGGGGCUGAAAGUUCACUUGCAACACUUGGACCGACAAAUUAGUGAGCUGAAGCUGGACGUGAGCAAAGCAUCCUCUGAGCAGCUGGAGAGUGACAGCAGGCCAAGUUCAGGGUUUUACGAGCUGAGCGACGCAGGCUCCUGCUCUCUGUCCAACUCCUGCACCUCCAUGUACAGCGACUCCACCUCAUCAUCACAGGGCAGCCUGGUCUACAGUGGCCAUGUCGGGCAGCCCAAGGGCAGCCGGCCGGAGAGCCGGCCAAGGUCGGCCGACGAGAUCACCGUGCAGUCGGCAAGCUUCCCCCAGCAGGGGGCCGGCAAGCGGCCUGGCAGAGGGAUCAAGACCACCGCUGAGCCGGCACUCCACCUGCACAAUGGGAGGCUGGGGUUCAUCCGGACAAGACCAGUUUUCCACAGUUUGCACGUUCACGCUGUGACCACACAGGACUCCAGGGUGCUUCGGUUUCCUCUCACAUCCAUGAUCAAAGAUGAACUGUCCGUGGCCAUUAAUUCCACAGAUUCACCUCCCCACGGGCAAGGCAAUAUUGUGACACUUGUUCUUCUCCUUCUUAUGUUCUGCACAGGUGACUUGGAGAGGUUUGUCCCUCAGCCGAGAGAGCCUGCAGCCGGCUAUGGACUGAAGGGAGUUCGGACUGUAGAUACGGAUGACUGGAAGUAUCAGUGCGACCUGGUAUCCAAGGACAGUGGGGACGUUUACAACUACCCCAGCCCCCUCCACGCGGUCGCUCUGCAGAGUCCCUUGUUUAGCCUCAGCGGCAGGAUACUGAGUGUGGAAAAUAAGCGAAGCCUAUCGGGCACCACACCGCCUGCUCCAGAAGGCAAGCCAAGUCCGCUUGAAGCCAGGCUUGGCUGCUUGAACAAACAAACUGAACCAGUCCAAUGUCCAGUUGCCCGGGUUAGUGUGAGCGGUGGUCCUGAGACGAGUCCAAAUGCUGCGGUAUUGGCGAAGGAGUUGGCAUGUCCUGGUGAGGUCAUGAAGGAUAACCGCGUUAAUAGCAAAGUCAACGGGCCACACAAGAAGGUGCCGUCCCUGCACUGGGGUGACCGUCAGCAAAGUGCAGGAGAAGGAGUUGCUAAGUCUAAACUAAGCCUCCCGCAGCAUACCGGCAAUGUGAACAUCUCGGCCUCAACCAAUUGGUUGGUAGGGGAUUCUAAGUCUGCCAGCAGUAAUUGGCAAUGCAGGCACGUAGCAAAAGACUCACUCACCACAGGUUCCUGUGCGGGUCUGCCCACAACUUGUAGAGCAGGGUGCCGUUCAGGCCUACCCAUGGCCCAUGGAGCAGGAUCCGGUUCGGGCCUACCUACCGCAGAUGGAACAGGCUCCUGCUUGGGCUUAUACAUGGCUCACGGAGCAGGCUCCUGCUCAGGCCUACCCACUGCACACAGAGCAGGUUCCUGCUCAGGCCUACACUUGGCCCACAGAGCAGGUUCCUGCUCAGGCCUACCCAGAGCUCAUGUAGUAGGCUCCGGCUCGGGCCUACCCAUCGACUGUGGAGCAGGCUCCUGCUCAUGCAUACCCAGGGGCCACAGAGCAAGCUCCGGUUCGAGCCUAUCCAUGGCUUGUGGAGCAGGCUCCUGUUCGGGCCUACCCAUGGCCCACGGAGCAGGCAGCUGCACUGGUCUGGUUGACCUGUCCAGUGGCAGACAGAGGCCUAGCAGGGAUGCUGACUCCCCCAGCACCAAUGUAUUGCACAGGUCCGGCCGGGACAAAUCACUGGGCAUGGGACGGACACGUGUGGAGGGCUUGCCGAAGGAUUGCUUUGUGCAGGCCCGUUUUGUGGCCCCAGAGUCCCAGCCACGAGUUCAGGUGUGGCCAGAUGGCGGCAAGGCCAAGGUGACCAAGAUCAAAAGUAAGGGCGGAGACACAGGGCGGUGUGGGUGGAGGCCACAGGCUGGGAAAACUGCUGAGGGGAGUCGGGGUCACUGUUCCUCUGGCCCGGAGCCAGUCUGCCAACAGCGUUUUGAAACAAAUUUCCACCUAGCUGGUGGCGGCCCGGAGCUCUGCCAGGAUCCGGGAGCCAGAAUGGCGUUGGAGCGCCGCGGUUGUAGGGGCACCCUGCGGCUCAGGGCGGGGAGGCCCCACAGGGCUCGUGCCUCUGGUCGCCGACGAGGGCUAGGCUGCCGGCCCGGUUUCCGUAGCGAUUCGGAGCAGUCGGAGUACUCGGCGGAGUGCGCCUCCCUCUCCACUAUCGGGGGGAGCAGCGUGGACGGGGUCAGCGACCACACGGCUCUCCGCUUUGCGGAUGGCGAGUCCAGCGGGAGCGAGCUGGGGCCCACGGCCGAGCGGCCCGGAGGAAGCCCACUCCUCGGGCCCCGGGGCCUGCGCCCCAGCCAAUCGCCCCCAAACACUGCCCGCAGCCGCCGCUCGGAGGCCAGGAUCUGCCGGGUAAAAGCCUCGAGAGCACUGAAGAAAAAGAUCCGGAAAUUUCAACCCGAGGCCUUAAAGGUUAUGACCAUGGUGUAAGGGUAUGACCUCUCAAUGUGUCCCAUGGAGAUCCCAUGCUGGCUACUGUUGUCCCAGGGAACAAAAGCAAUGACUUUACAAAAGAGAUGGAUGUCCAUUCCUGAACUGUGAUCGACCUUUGCUAUAAACCACUGGACCCGUUGCCAGCGAUUAAAUGUUCCUGGCCCUUUGUAUAAUAAUUAUUGCUCUGAUUUCAACUGUUGCAAGGUGCAUUGUUUAACAAUAUAAAUAAAAAAAUUUCUUCGAUGUC